AUGGCCGCCUCCGACGACGCCUACGCGGCCUUCCUGAACAAGGCCAACCAGGACCCCAGCGGCGGCUACGCCUCGACGCCUUCGCCGGCCCAAUCGGCUGCCGUCGAUGCGGCUACCAAAAACGCUCCCGCCGCGCUCGUCGCCGCCGUCCAGGACGUCUUUUACAUGAGCGACAGCGACGAGCCCUUCUCGGCAGUCGCCUUGCCGUACUCGAGCAGCACGCUCCCCGAUGAAGACACCUUUGUCAGCCUCGCUCUGGGCUCAAGUCCCGGCGCUGAGGUGACCAUCAUGGACCCCUUUGAGUGGGACCCAAAGGGCCGCUACAAGCAGCUGCUGGACGCCGUGCGCGAAGCCGGACACGGCAACGAUGUGCGCGUGUAUCGAGUCCAGUUUAAGAACGCCUCGCAGGUGGAGUACUGGCUGGUGACGGUCGACGAGGCCGACGACGAGACCGACGAGGGCAAGGACGCAAGAGGAGCAAAAAAGGCUGUGCCCAAGAGCUCACAGCUGGUAGGCGUCAAAGCCCUGUCGAUAGAGAGUUGA